AGCCAUUUCACUUAUAGUGGUUUCUUCCCCUGCGCGUGUGAAGGAGUUUUCUCAUCGAACAAAUGGGCGGCGGAGGAGCUAUGAGGACGGCCGCGAAGAUCGCGGGCAUCGGCGUCUCAAAGUCGGGUCUCCGGGGCUCGACGGCAGCGCUCCCGACAGAGCAAUCGGUCCGCAGCGCGUCGCGAUCCUCGUCGGUCGCCGGAGUGUCUGCACAGGGCGCGAAGACUGCCGAGGUUGCGCCGCUGCAUGCAGUGUCGCCUUGGGACGACUGGGACUUCGCCGACGAUAGCGAUUUCGUUGCGCCGAGGAUGGUGUUCGGUUCUGCUCCCACUUUCGAGGAAGCUAAGGAAGCCACCACCGAAUUGAAGGACGCUAUUGAUCAAAUAUAUCUUUCUCCCGAUUCUUCGAAAUUUUCAUCUCCUGGCGAUGAAGUCUCUACUCUGUCUCCUACUCUUUAUGAGCCAGUGAACAGAUCUUGUGUCAUUGAUGCUAUCUCAAAUCCUUCAGUUCCAAAGCAUGCUAUUCAGGCUUUUAAUUUGCUUAGCACAAGUCAUGAAGCGCAGGCUGUUGUGGCUUCACUUGCUUCUGAUCCAAAUGUAUGGAAUGCAGUCAUGGAAAAUCCUGCUGUCUACAGGUUCUUCCAAUCACAGCAGACAGUGUCUGAUUCUGGAGCAGUGGAAACUACUGAGAAAGUGGAAAAGUUAUCAACUUUUUCUUCUGAAGGAGAUGAAACACUUGAAAACAUGGAAGCCACGGCCGAGUCUGACUCGGGAAGCAUGUUUUCGGAUUUCAUGGGUUUUCUGCAGAACUUAAAGCUUACUGUUACUGAAUUGGUAAGUAGUGUGUCUAGUUUCCUUCAGAACAUAUUCCCGUCACCUGAUACUCAGAAAAUGGCUGCUGAUGCUGAUGGGAACAUCAAAUCAAGUUUCAUGGGAGGAACCUUCAUAGGUUUGGCAGUGUUGGUGAUAAUGGUGAUAGUGACAAAGAGAGUUUAGUCUCUUGGAAGCUAAUGCAGAUAAUUACAAAGAGAGCCUAGUCUCUCGGAAGCAGAACUUUAAUUUGUCGACUUUUCUAAUCGUUUUGGAACCCUGUAAUUAUCACAUAUGAUAUGCUUUUAAAAUUUCAGUGUGGUCCUCAGGUAAUUUAUUUCUCUCUA